UGGAGGACAUAUAUCAGUAAUUUUAAAAGGAACAAAACAGAAAACGGGGUAAUAAGGUUAACGGAAAAUCACAGCGCAAUUAAGCAUGAAGACAUCCCAGAUACUAUUUCUGGGCCUGGCCCUUUUCCUCGCCGUUCAAAAUGCCGCGGGUUCUCACCUCAGCAACUGUGGCCUUGGAUCCGGAACUGACCCUUGCGGAUGUUGCGAGAGUGCCGUAAAAGCCGCGAAGAUGGUCCGUCCAUUCAAACUCGCUGACCCUUCCGUGAUCACUGAAGCCGCUAGCUUAAAGAAUUCAGCUACCAAGAGCGGCGGCUGCUCAUCUCUGGCACCAAAAAAAGUCAGUGGACCAUCCGUCAUGGAUCUGCUUCAGCCUUCCUGCGGCCCAAUCGCUCCCAGAUUACGCCCGGUCGGUGAUCUGUGCACCAGUUGCUCUAACAUCGCUGAAGUCGUUCCUGCUUACCCCGGAAAGCCCAUGUGCCGCACUUGCGCUGCAGCCUACGACCCUCCUUGCAAUGCAGCUGCCAAUGCACCCGUCUACACCAGCUACAGCACUCCUAACACCGAGUUGAACGUCUUCGAGGACGAAUCUCUCUCGUUCGACGAACAAGAAAACAUUUACAACGCACAAAGCGUGCCAGUGGCACCCGCUGACCCUGUUUCCUUGUCGUUGGCCUAUGGAUUGGCCAAACAAGCGAGCCAGACUGUACAGGAGUCAAGAUUGGCUUUUGGACCAACGAGCAUCCCGAUUGACGGUAGCAUUCGCAAGACUGUCCUCAACAUUCCCGAGGAAAAGCUCCUCACGGUUGACAAACCCAUUGUGGAAUUGAAACUCGCAUCGAAACCCGGAAUCAGUGAUCCCUACGCAGAAGUGCUCGCCCAGCAAGCGGCUCUGGAAGAGCGGAGAUUGGAAUUGGAAGCCCAGGCCCAACAGAGCGAUCCGAGAUCGUCGUUUAUCAGCUACAGCGAUCUUGGAUACGGUCCAGUAUCGUCAAGUGGCAUCAACUUCGUAAGUACCGUCAACAAUGCAGCGGACCCUGCAAGUGCAGACCCUGCAAGUGCAGACCCUGAUGACAUGGCUUGCGGUCCCAUGGGACCACCGCUUCCUCAAUAUCGCAGCGGAAACGUAAUCAUCCAAAGUAAGUCGAACCAGGAUCCCGCGGAUGAUUACUAUACCGAUGCCAGCUACGAGCAGGACCCUGACGUCGAUGCCAGCUACAGCGCCGAAGAUCAGGCAAGCUGCAACGGCGGAUUCCUCGCAAGGCUCAGAGCUUCAGCUCGUGCCCAAAAUGGAUGUGGCUGUGGGUGUGGAAAAUGAUUGAGACCGAACUGUGAUCGGAUAAGAGUAUUUAUACUUCCGGUCUGUGUUGGCCAAUCAAAGCUACUCCGGUAUAGCCACUUGUUAGCCCUUGUAUCAUGUGCCCUUCCCCAAAAAAUAAAAAAAUAAAA